CUCUUUCCUAAUAAUGGCUUGUCCGGUCGCCAGAGAUGAGCGCUAUAGCACAGCACAUGCAACGAGUGAAGAACAAAGGACUGCAAGAACACAGUCGCCUCAGAGGUCUCUGAAAAGGAGCCUGGGUAGGGUCUGUAAACAAGCACCAUGGCAGCCAAGACGUCGGCGCCCAAAGCGAUCGCAUCCUCGUCCAUACCGGGUGGCAGCAUCAUCUCUCCCUCGCAUUCGCUCCCCCCAGCCGUCUCCUCUUCUUCAUCGUCUGCUACUGUUUCAAAUACGAAUGCGAAUGCAGCCGCCUCGUCCUCGCAGCUUGUCACUCCCUUUGCGCGCGACCUCUCUCUCCCGCCGACACGGCAAGUGGACGCUGCCGCGCUCGACUACAUGACGACGGAGAUGACAUUUACCCUUCAGGAGAGUGCACGUUUCGCGGCGAAGAAGCUGCUCAAACAUCGAGAAGAGCUCCGCGAGGCCGGAUUUCCGGUCCAACUUGGGUCGUCGGCCGGGAUCGCCGGCUCGGCAGUAGCCGCAAACGCAACAAGUGCCAUAGGAGGGGUUGCGGGGUCAUCACCGAAGGCGGCUGGCAGGACAACUAUCGACAACCAAUCGCCGGCAGCGGUGGUGGACAGGCGAUCCGUCUCUCAAGCUGGUGCAUGGGAUGGGAGUGGAGGUACAGCGAGGCGAUUCAGCAGCUUGUCGCUUGCGGGGCCGAGCUCAGAAGAGGUAGACGCGGAACUGACGGCACGGUUGGAGGUGAUCGGGUAUCAUGUGGGUGCUAACAUGGCAGAAAGGCUCAGCUCGCUACGGCCACCGCUGGGCACGGUGCUAGACGUGCUCAAGUUCGUCUGCAAGGACGUCUGGACGGCUGUCUGGGACAAGCAGGUUGAUAACUUACGAACGAAUCAUCGAGGCGUAUACGUGCUACAAGACAACAACUUCAAGCCGUUGCGACGCAUGAGCACGGCGCGAGGGUUGCAAGAGACAGCUCGAGAAGCGAAACCUCAUCUAUCCUACGCGACGGGCAUCGUAUGCGGCGCACUAGCGCGCAUGGGCGUCACGAGCACCGUUACCGUCGAUAUCCUCCUCCUUGCCGCAGGCGCCACCCAAGCCCCCGGACUGCACGCCCAUGCCACCGCAUGUACUUUCAGCGUCAAAACUGCCACGGGGCGGUGAUUGUCACAAGCCCAUUCUCAUGUCCAGAACUUCCUAAUUAUGGUAGGCUCGAGACAGAGGAGAGCAUAGAGACAUCCCUACGCACCUUGCCUUUCACCCACAUCCGUUUUCACGCGCUUCUUUUGCACACGAAACCCACAAAGCCUGUAUACAUCGUCCCAUCUUGAUCGUUACUGGAGCUUGGAUGGAAGCGACAGCAAGCCGCGAAGCUCAUCGUC